ACAUUUGGCGACUCGUUUAAACAAUGAAAAAUGUUUUCAUAUAAAAGGAUUCACCAUUCAACACAUCCUUUUAUUCGGCUAAUGUGAUAUCUAAAUAAUUCUCGAUUACAACGACGAUCCGGCACGUCUUCUUCUGUGAAAGUAUAAACCCUUGCUUUAAAAAAUGAGAACGCUAAUACGGAAGAUUUUCAAGAAAGCCUCCAUCCAUGGAUUUUCGUAUAUUGCACGUACAGAUAUUCAUUUGGUGGAGAGAAUUCUUUGGGGAAUUUUAUUAUUUAUUGGGACUUAUUUAUCUGUGGAUAUGUGCUGGAAUCAGUUUAAACGUUAUAAGGACAAUCCGACGGUUUUUGGUGUUGAACGUAUUAUGGGAACUCGGGAGUUUCCUUAUGUGGGUGUAACCAUGUGUUCCAAUUAUUUUGACGAAGAACAAGCUGAUGUAAUAAUUCAAAAAAAAUGGAACGUUACAACUGGUGACAAGAAACAUGAUUACUACAAGAAAUUUCUCCAAGUGUUAAUUGAAAUCGAAUAUAAUAAUUUGGAAACUCUUAAGCCCUAUGCAAACGACGAAGACCUUAGGAACGUUGAUUUUUUGAAAACCAUUUGGGAUAUCAAUUCCAGUCAGUUUACAAAUAAAACUGGAAAAAAUAAAAUUCUUGGUGGAGACUUGCAUUACAGUUUUUCAGUGGUUUAUAGACCAAAAGAGGAUACAACUUCAACGGUCUUUCAAAGUGUAAUCACUGAAGUUGGACUGUGUUUUACCACAUCAUUUUUAUACGAAUAUCAAAAUCCUCUAGGUUUUCAAAGAGAGCCUCUUACGGAUACUGAACCAAAAAUGUGCACACCAUUUGACUUAUGUAAUUUAAAAGUAACACCAAAUGUUGAUUCUGGUGAUAAAAUUGUUGCUUACAUUCACAAUAACAAAGAUGUUGUAGAGCCUGAUAUUAAAUCAGUUAUACGUCGUGAAAUCAAUACUAACGAAAUUUCUAAUGUCGAUGUUACAUUGGAAAUAAUUUCUGCAGAAGAAGAAGUUCGAAAUGUUCCGAUAAAUUAUAGAAAAUGUCGUUUUUCUAAUGAAAAUAAUUUAAAAUACUUCAAAACUUAUAGACCAAUAUUAUGUCGAAUUGAAUGUCGAAUAAAUGCUGCUCUAAAACUUUGUCAAUGUAAACCAUUUUUCUAUGUUGUUGGUCCUAAGGGACCAAUUUGUAAUAUAAAAGGAUUGCUUUGUUUAGCUAAGAAUAAUUGGAUGAAUACAAAGUGUGAUCAAUGUUUGGAAAUGUGCGCGGUACAUAAGUACACUGCACUCAAGACAACUGCUCAUGUUUUCAAUGAAGCGAAAUUUGCAAGGGCUCUUCUAAUCAACUUAAGUCUACCUAAAAUGGGUAUCAGACGUCGAGUGGUCUUCAGCUUUGAUCAACUUGUAAUUGCUUUUGGUGGAGCUGCAUCUUUAUUCCUUGGUUGUAGCUUCUUGAGUUUUGCACAAAUUUUUUAUUACAUCAUACAAUAUUUGGAAGAGAAACUUAAAAUAAUGUACCGUCGUUAUUUCAAAAAAAAUUAGCUCUCAAGCCUUAUUCUUUGUAUAAGAUGGCACACUUGUCAAUUUAUUGUAAGUACCUACUUUUUAUUUUGUUUUGAUUUUUGAACAUCCCUGUGAAUUAUCAGGAAGGAUUUGUAGAAUUAGAAAAAAAAAUUAAACAACAAAAAGUUAAUCAAGAACCCAAAGUCUAGUGGCUCAUUGAAAAUAUCCUGGUGUGUCAAAAACAGGAGAUAUACGAGCAUGAAUUGAGUGAGGAUUGUUGCUUGUUUCUAUGCGGCUACCACAACAAAAUUUUACAAAAAAGAAAAACUCCCCCAUAUAUACGUAUUCUGUUGUGUUGUAACAUCGAGUCUUCGACGACAACACAAUAGCUACAACAUUCACGUUUGUCAUCAGCGUUUGUUCAGCACAGCAUGUUUUGGUGACAAAUGGGGUGACUUUGCAUCACAGGGGUUGCUCCGGACAACCCUUUUUGCUGUGGAUAAUCGAAAAAUCUAUAUUAACUCUACAUAACAUAUACCUACAUGUGGAAUUGUGUACCUAGCAAAAAGGUUCGAUUUCCGCGAGUAGGCGCCAUUUUUAUUUACUUUGUCAACUGACAGAUGACCAUAACCGUGGGAUGGU